GCAACACUUAAGUAGGAUGUAGUUUGUUGCAGUGUCAAAUGUAGUGAAAAGUGAAACACAUUUUUAAAAAGGUAUCAGUUCAAAUUCUUUUAAAUUGGGAAUUGACAUCCUCCUUUUGAGUAUUAGUUUGUAUAUAUAAGGCAGUACUAUGGGGUAUGAUACAAUACGCUUCCAAGGAGAAGUCGAUGAAGAACUCAUAUGCCCUAUCUGCUCUGGUGUUUUAGAGGAACCGUUACACGCUCCACAGUGUGAACAUGCAUUUUGUAAAAAUUGUAUAAAUGAAUGGCUCACUAGGCAGCAUUCGUGUCCAGUAGAUAGGCAGCCUAUCACUCCUAGUGAAUUAAAGCCAGCUCCACGUAUCUUGCGUAAUCUUUUGUCUCGUUUGCUUAUAAUGUGUGAUAAUGCAAGUUUUGGAUGCAAGCUCGUAGUUAAACUGGAACGUUUAGAAGUACACCGGGAAGAAUGUGAGCAUAAUCCAAAAAGGCCCGUGCCCUGCGAGCAAGGUUGUGGACUAGUCAUUCCUAAAGACGAAUUAAAGGACCAUAAUUGUGUUAGAGAAGUAAGAAAUAUGCUUCAAAGUCAUCAGCAUAAAAUUACUGAAAUGCAGUGUGUUGUUACUGAGAUAAGAAGAGAAAUCAGUUUGCUGAAGGCCUAUGUACAAGACUGCAUUCGCACCAUAAGGUUGUCUAAUCCUAGUGUACCAGUUGCUGUGGAACCAUUAGAUGAGCAAGAUGAGACCAUAAGAUGGGCAAAUUCGUUGCAAAGAGCUCGAGUGACUCGUUGGGGAGGUAUGAUAUCAACUCCAGACUCAGUUUUGCAAGCCAUGGUUCGUAGAGCUUUAAGUGAAAGUGGUUGUCCUCCACAUGUGACUGCUGAACUUAUGGAAAAUGCACAUGAAAGGAGAUGGCCUCCUGGCUUAUGUACAUUAGAAACACGUCAGUCAAAUCGCCGGUACUAUGAAAACUAUGUGUGUAAACGAAUUCCAGGAAAGCAAGCUGUUGUAGUAAUGGCUUUUGAUAACCCACACAUGAAUGAUGACAUGGUGCUGGAACCUGGAUUAGUAAUGAUCUUUGCCCAUGGAAUAGAAUGAGUCUAAUAAUGUUGGUGGACAAUCUUGCUACAUUGUACUAUUUUGGAUUUUAUGCAUUAAGUGGUUUGGUGUUUAUCAAAUGAUUAGCAUUUUCUGAGAUAUCAUUUGAAAUAUAUAGCUUGUUUACUACAAGACUUUGUAAAUUGAAAUCAUGACUGUAAAUUUUUCAAGACUUUGUUAUGAAUGUGUAUUAGCAUUCCAUGAGACUGUGGUUCCAGAUGUAAAUUCUAUUUUUUAAAUGUUGAUAUAUAAAAGCAGUGUUGGAAGUCGUGCCAUUAAGAAAAGGGAGUAAGGUUUUAUUAAAAAUUAAAGGUUUCACAUAUUUAAGUAGUAGUGCGAAACAUUGAGCAUUAGACUACUGUAUAUAAGUAGAAAAUACUAUUUUAAACCCCCGUUUUAGGGCAUUCAGAUUCAAACAUCAUCAGACAUCAAAUUAUGUUAUCAUCAUAGGUUACAAACUUCUGUGGGGAUGAAUAUUGCAUAUAAUUUCUGGAAAAUUUAAAGGAGCAUUAUUUGUAAAGGGAAAAUAUUGGUCACUGUCUGGAGGUAUUGUACUUAAUAUGUAAUAAAUAUGAAUUUUGGGUUGUAUCAUUGCUAAUAAUUUUUAAUUUUGGACAUUUCAUUAUUCUUGUCAUACAAGAUUGCUAAUGUUUUGAAGGAAUUGCUUUCAUUUUUAAAAGUAUUAUUUAGUGUAAAAGUUUUAAUAAUUUUUCAAUUUAAUGUCGAAAAACUAAGUUUCAUUAUUAAUACACCUGUUCUUGUUGUGUAUUUUAUUAUUUUGUGCUUAUAAUAUUUUAAUUACCUGCAGGCACCAUUUGAUCACACCGUACCAGGGGUCGGCAACCUUUUGAGUCGGAAGAGUCAAAAAUUACAAUUUACAAAAUUUACAAAAAAAGUUUUUAAAGAGCCACCAAAUUUUUUCUUGGCUACAAUAAAUAGUACUCGCAUAAAUAAAGUUUUUUGAUAAACAAAAACUAAUCUAUUUAUUCAUAAGGAAAAAAUAUCUAUUUAUUCAUAAGAAAAAUAUCUAUUUAUUCAUAUAUAAAUAGUGUUUUUCACAACAAAUUAGAUAACAUACAUAUGGCAUUAUUAGAUAAUUACUUAUUAUUUAAGUAAGAAAUUAAAACAAUUAAACAUUUACUUACAACACUAACUUGUACUUCAAUUAAAAACAAUUGAGCAAACAAAUUCAAUGGGAGCGUUGGCUUUGCAUGGUUUUAGAAAGUUUGGACAAAUUUGGCUCAUAACUGGUUGUUUAAGUUUCAAACACGACUGUACAUUUUUAUUUGUUAGUUGGCUUCUUACUGUACUUUUAUUUACAUUCAUGCAAGAGAAUGCUUGCUCGCACGAAUAUGUCGAUCCGAAGAUAGCACUCCAAAUGCCAACUUCUUCACCUCACUGUAGCAAUCUGGAAGACUAUUCCAUAAGUCGAAUAUGAGUGCCUCAACUCGGGGCAUUUCUUUUAAAGCUGUCCACUUUUGUUGCAUUACGUACAUUCAUUUCUGGACCUCCAACUCUCUCAACUUGCUUUUCAACUCUGUAAAUUUUCCACUCCACAAAGCUUUACUUUUUAAAUCGAUCAAUUGCAUUUCUAAAGAUACAGUAUCAAUUCCAAAUGGCUCAGUGUUUUUCGUUACUAUUUGUGUUGAGAGGGUUUACUAUGAAUGCUAGAGUGGUUUUGUUGGUUUUGAAUUGCUCAAAUCUGUCAGCAAAUUCAUCUUUAAUUUUUUUGUAACUGUGCUGACGUAAUUCGUGUCAACAGUUGCAAUGGUUUUAUCGCGAUAUUGCUUUAGAAAUUGAAAAUGAAGUAAUUUACUGCUCUGAAUAUCUUCUGCAAAAAGAAUAAAUUUUUCUUCAAAACAAACCACUUCUUCUUCUAAAACAUAGGCUGGGUUUCCCUUUCCUUGCAGUUUUAGAUUCAGCGCAUUUAAUUUCGCUGCGACAUCCACCAUAAAGUAAA